AUGUCUGACUCUGAGGUGCACCAGCAGCAGCCCGGCGAGCCCUUCCCCGUAGCUCUGUCACGCGUCGGGGCACCAGCCUUUGCCCUCUCGGCCACCAAGGAGUUGGCCUCCGGCCUCCACGAUGGUUCCCUUUCACCUGACGCAGCGGCCCAGCUGCUGACACAAGACAAGGCCGACCCCAACGGGCGGUAUCGCAAGAGCUCCCACACGUGGCCUUCUCUGCUGCAUCUGGCCGCCGAGAAAUGCAUCGGAGAGGAUGGUGCCGCGAUGCUGGACUGCCUCAUUCAACAUGGAGCUGAUGUGAAGUACACGGCCUACGUCAACUCCAGCCCUCUUUGUACCAGCAGGACACCACUGGACUUGGUGCUAGGCCGGCUGCAUCGUGCCGACCCCCGUCUGCUGUCGGCCCUCCUGCCCAUGAUCGAGACCCUCCUGAGGCACGGCGCCAGGUGCUACUAUGCUGGUGAUGGUGCGCUGCGGUCGCUCUUCGGCAGCUCGGCCAUGAAGGGCAUCUCGGCCGCACAGUGCCUGGAGAUCGUCACUCGGCUGGCCACUGCCGCAGCAGCAGCACCCACACCACCCAGCCUCUACGGAUUCUGGACUCUCAACCUGGCGUGUAAGUGCCGCUUCCGACAGGAGGAGGACCAGCAGCAGCAGCAGCAGCAGGACGGCUCGCAUGACGGCCAUACGGACCCCCACAUCGCCAUCCUCGAGAAACUGAUAGAGGGGAUAGGGCGGGAGGUGGUCGAGGGGGACAGGGGCAAGGAGGCGUUGAGUCACGCCCCCGACAGUCAGAACAGGGCUGUGGUGUACUGGCUGGUGAGGCAGAAGGGAGUGAGGGCUGAUGGUGCCACGCUCUCUCGUGCUCACUGGGAUGUCGAUGUGAUAUCAUUGCUGGUGCACGAGGCAGGGGCUGACGUAGAUGGUAGGGGGUCGUCGCUGCCGCCCCUUGUCGCGUUUGUGGAGGGAGGCCACCACACUGCUGCACACCAUCUGAUCCACCUGGGGGUGAAAUUGCUGGGGGCAUCCGUAGAUACAGCACUCACUGGCACCCACAUUGCCACGACAGCCAGACAGAAGCGCCGCGUUUUGUCGGUGUAUCACGACUAUCUGAGUCGCUCUGUCCCCACACACGCCAUGCGAUUCAUCAACACAUCCCUCGCCCCCUUGCGCACUGUGUCUGCCCUGUCGGCUUCUCAUCGCGUGUUCGGUGUGGGUGUGUUGUGCUGUCAGAUUGCCUCCUACAUAGAUCGCCCCCUCUGCCCUUCUCAGCCCGCACGCCACUCGGACGGCGGCUCAACGCGGCACUGUCUUUCUUCGUCUCGCGUGUCUGCAAUGUGGCCAGCCCCUCUGUGAGGCGCCGUCUCUUUCGCCACACUGCCUUCGUCACACCACACAUCACACACACCGACACAUCAGACAGCCAGGGUGGGGGAGAGGGCGGGCAGGUAGACGAGGGCAUCGUGUAUGGGCCUCAGUGACGUGAUCCACCUGAUUCGGUGUGAGGAGGCGCGACGCCACCGGCUGCCUGACAUCGACAGUGGAUUCGGCAACGGCAGGCCAUUCGAGUGUGCCUUCGAUGGCCGUGUA